UGUGUGUAUAUAUAUAUAAUUAUAAACAAUAAUUCAGUAAACAUGUUUUUCAUCCUUUUUCUCUCUUUCAAUUCUAGCUGUUACCACCACCAGUCCCCCCACCAUAAAUAAAUAUUAAAUAGCUCCCGCACUAGCUACUUAAUCCUCGUUAAAUAAGUCCUUCUUUUUGAUCAAUAGGGGUUAAAGAGAGAAAAAAAACCCCACAUAGAGAUAUAUAUUAUAAAGAUGGGGCGCGGAGGAGAGGAAGAAACGGCGGCGGCGGCGCUGAGCGCACCUUUGAUCGGAACGACGGCGGCGAGAAGCGAGUUGGGGGAGGAAGUGAAGAAGCAAGUAUGGCUGGCGGGGCCACUGAUAGCGGUGAGCUUGUUGCAGUACAGCCUCACCCUUAUAUCGGUGAUGUUUGUGGGCCACCUCGGAGAGCUCAGCUUGUCCUCUGCUUCCAUGGCCACUUCCUUCGCCUCCGUCACCGGCUUCAGCUUGUUGCUGGGAAUGUCAAGCGCCCUAGACACGUUCUGCGGACAAGCCUACGGAGCCAAACAGUACCACAUGAUGAGCAUCCACACCCAAAGAGCCAUCGUGGUCCUUUUAUCCGUCAGCAUUCCUCUAACCCUAAUAUGGGCCAACACGGGCCCAAUCCUCAAGGCACUGGGCCAACAGGCCGACAUCUCCGCCGGAGCCGGCACGUACGCCCAGUUCAUGAUUCCGUCCAUCUUCGCCUACGGCAUCCUGCAGUGCCUCGUCAAGUUCCUCCAGACGCAGAGCAUCGUCUUCCCCAUGGUGCUCUGCUCCGCCGCCGCGGCCCUCCUCCACCUCCUCCUCUGUUGGCUGCUUGUCUUCAAGUUCGCCCUCGGUAUGAUCGGCGCCGCCAUUUCUAUCUCCAUCUCCAAUUGGGUUAACGUCCUACUCUUGUCGCUGUACAUCAAGUUCUCCCCUUGUUGUGCCAAGACCUGGACCGGGUUUUCCCGGGAAGCUUUCAGAGAUAUCUGGACUUUCCUCAAGCUCGCCAUUCCGUCCGCUUCCAUGGUUUGCUUGGAAAUGUGGUCAUUUGAGAUGUUGGUUCUUGCUUCUGGCCUUCUUCCUAACCCGGAGCUCGAGACAUCUGUUCUUUCCAUAAGCCUGAACACAGCAGCAACGGUGUGGAUGAUCGCCUAUGGACUCGGUGGCGCUGUAAGCACGAGGGUGUCGAACGAGCUGGGAGCAGGGCGUCCUGCUCGUGCACGCCUGGCGGUGAUGGUGGUGGUCGGAUUGGCCGUAGCGGAAGGGGUUUUGCUUGCGGUGAUCUUGUUCUCAAUACGCAAUGUUUGGGGUCGUGCCUACAGCAACGACCAACCGGUGAUCGACUAUGUAGCUCAGAUAAUGCCCAUUGUUGCAGCUGCCAACUUUCUGGACGCCAUCCAGUGUGUGCUUUCAGGGACGGCUAGGGGAUGCGGUUGGCAGGAGAUUGGAGCGUAUAUAAACCUGGGAUCGUAUUACAUCGUGGGAAUACCAUGUGGUAUUUUGUUUGCCUUUGUUCUUCACAUUGGUGGAAAGGGUCUGUACGUCGGGAUCUUAUGUGCUUUGGUGGUGCAAGGAAUUCUGCUUGCCAUCAUUACCAUUCGCACCAACUGGGAACAAGAAGCAAAGAAGGCUAGUGAUAGAGUUCAUGAUACCACGAUGCCGGUGGAGAGAUUGUCGUGAUAAUAUAAUUGAUGAUGGGCGGUGAUAUUAGAUGUAUGCUAUCACGACGACUCGAUUUUCUCAUUUUUUGUAUUGUUUUCUCUUUUCAAAGGAUGUUCUGAGAAUUGUUGGAGCUGUAUUGAAAUAUAGUGAGAUUAAACUUCUCACGUAUAUAUGUGAGUCAUUGGAUUUGUCUUUUCAUAUAGGUAUAAAUUAGUGGCGGACCCAUGAAUUUUGUAUAGGGGUGUCCUCUUUUAAAAAAAUAAAUUAAAUGAAAAUAAUAAUUAUUAAAUAAGAAAAUACAUGACUC